GGGUUUAUUUAUUUAUUUUUAGUUCUUUAAACUAAGCUGUUCUUUUGUCUCGAGUCUUCAGGCAUGAAAUAUCCCUCUGACUGUAGUCUCCCUUAUCUUUAGCCUAAUUUUGUGUUUUGUAGAGAAAUGAGUACUGAACCGCUUUAGAGAGGAGAAACCACGCCAGUGAUAUUAGGGAUGUUUCCCAGUAACAUUGGCUUUGGAAACUGGGCUUUCCGUCGUGUUAGAAACGGGACACUGCAUUCCUUCGACCUGCGUGGCCAAGUUAUGGGAAGAAUGUAGGAUUUCUUCGAGGAAAGAGGGAAGGCAGACUUUUAGUUGAUGAGGAAGAAGUUAAGAGCUGAAGUGAGGAAAAACUGAAGAGAGGCGGACUACUUCUCCGAGUGACGCGCCUCUCGCCACUGCUCCUCCCCGUGAAUUCAGAGGGAAAAGUUUCCUCCUCUCACUUUUAACUCAGCUGAUGUAGCAACGGUUUGGCUCAGGUGUUAAAAGAUAGUCCAGUUGUUGUUUGUUCUUUUGUUUUUUGCAAGCGAAAGGGAAGUUUGGACAUGAAAGUGGUCAGCGGGUAGAAAAAGCACUAGAAUCCGUUCUCCCAGCGUGCGGCAUCAUGAAGCCGUUACUGCGCUUCAGCGUCCCUCUGUGGACUCUUCUGGUCUUCAGCGCCUUCCUCAAGAGCACCCGAGCACAAAAUAUCUCAAAUUGUGCAACAGGAACAUUAAAUAUAACAACCACCACAACAACAGCAAAUGUCACCUUUCAACUUGACCCAAACUGCAGCUUAACAGUUGAGAAUAAUACCUCUGAAAAUGGUUUAAUAACUGGUCUGACUCCUGGAGCUGUCUAUCAAAUUGUCUUAAACUGUUCAGGCUCCUGCAAUGUGUCACAAAUCACAACAAAGCCAGAAACUGUCAGUUUAACAGUCACUAAUAUCACAACAUCCUCUAUGUUUGUGAGCUGGACUAAACCAGUGGGAAACAGCUCCUUCUAUAAAGUACAGUGGACAGGUGGAGGAAGGAACGUCCCUGUAAAUGUCAGUGAGACGUUUUAUAACAUUACUAACCUGACUGCUGGUGUCCAGUAUGAAAUAACUGUCACUGCAGUGGCUGGUGAUGGUUAUACUGAAGGACAGAGUGCUACUGUCACCAAGUACACAAAGCCUGAAGUAGUCACGAGUCUCUCUGCUGUUAACGUCACAACAUCGUCUGUGUUUGUGAGCUGGACUAAACCAGUGGGAAACAGCUCCUUCUAUAAAGUACAGUGGACAGGAACAAGUGGCUCUGUAAAUGUCUAUGAGACGUUUUAUGAUAUUCCUAACCUGACUGCUGGUGUCCAGUAUGAAAUAACUGUCACUGCAGUGGCUGGUGAUAAUUAUACUGAAGGACAGAGUGCUACUGUCACCAACUACACAAAGCCUGAAGUAGUCACGAGUCUCUCUGCUGCUAAUAUUACAACAUCAUCUAUCUUUGUGAGCUGGACUAAACCAGUGGGAAACAGCUCCUUCUAUAAAGUACAGUGGACAGGAACAAGUGGCUCUGUAAAUGUCUAUGAGACGUUUUAUAAUAUUACUAACCUGACUGCUGGUGUCCAGUAUGAAAUAACUGUCACUGCAGUGGCUGGUGAUGGUUAUACUGAAGGACAGAGUGCCACUGUCACCAACUACACAAAGCCUGAAGUAGUCACGAGUCUCUCUGCUGUUAACGUCACAACAUCGUCUGUGUUUGUGAGCUGGACUAAACCAGUGGGAAACAGCUCCUUCUAUAAAGUACAGUGGACAGGAACAAGUGGCUCUGUAAAUGUCUAUGAGACGUUUUAUGAUAUUCCUAACCUGACUGCUGGUGUCCAGUAUGAAAUAACUGUCACUGCAGUGGCUGGUGAUAAUUAUACUGAAGGACAGAGUGCUACUGUCACCAACUACACAAAGCCUGAAGUAGUCAGGUGA